CCCGGAAGUUCAACUUCGACCACGAUGUUCCCUCACCUUUCUCGCCACGACCCCGCCCUGGUCGUCUAUGGGGAAUGCAGCGCGAGAGCAUAGUAUGGCACGAUACCCAACCCGCACUGUUUGUCGGGGCCGACCCGGGCCUGACCCACGCGCUGCCAUGCGACGUUUCUCGGGUCGGUGAGAGACUCGACGAGACGCAUGCUCGCAAGCAGGCACCUUUACAUCGUCAGCUAGGCUGAUUCAGCUUCGGAGGGCCACUCUGCGACUAUACCCAGGCCCUUGUCAUGCGGCGUUCCUGUAGAACCAUCGUGAAGCCUGGACGGCGGCCUUGAGCAACAUAUGAUAUCAUCGUUGCGCCUGCAUAUAACGACUCCGGCGCGCGCUGCGUGCCACAUCCCGACAAAUUACUGACCAAGCUUGCCCUUGCUCGUCGUCGCUCACUGUUGCUGCCAGCCAUGCCGACGAAGACCAAGCGUCACUCUUCGCAUGCGAAGGAGCCGCCCGUGCCGCUGCUCGAGAGCGCAGGCACGCACUGCAAUGUAUGCCUUAUUCCCACGACGAUGCGCUGCACGAACUGCCACAGGGUCUACUACUGCAGCGAAGAUCACUACAAGACGGACCUCAAGCGCCACAACGCCGAGUGCGUCCGCAUCCAGCACAGCAUGUACGCCUUCGGGCAGAGCUUGCUAAAGAGCAAGCCAGCGGCCGACUCCGACGCCGUCUACUCCGACGUCUGGCACCCGCAGAACAGCGUCAGCGCCCUCCUCCUCCCCGCGGACGCCACCGAGCCGCGGGAGGUCAAGCUUAGUUGGGAGUGGAUCGUCGACGUCGAUGCGCCCGGAGGUGGCUACCAGAACAUCCACGUGAAGCCCAAGUGGUUCGCGGAGGACGUGGCCGUGCGCAACAUGUACAUCGAUACGCUGCCGGGCGAGAAUGGCGCAAUUGUGCUACCUGAAGACCGGCGGCUGGCGCUUGUGCAUAACGCACAUUUCCUGACCGACGGUUCACCCGUCAAUGAGUGCAUCCAGAAGCUCACAAAUGGGAAGACUGCGCAUAAGUGGUGCGGAAACUUGCUUGUACUGCGCUCAAGAGCUACGGCGUGGAAGGACCACGAUUACCGCGACGCGCACCCGAAGGAAGAUUUGGCCGUCUUAAUCCAGUUCUUCAAGACCUUUGGACGGGAGCAAGCGGACGUGUCCGAUACAGAGACCGCCGAGACCGUCGACGAUGCCGAGACUGACGAUCCCUCACCUGUCGAGGGGAAGGCAAAUGGCAGCCACUCUAAUGGGCAUGCAAAAGAAUGAAUCUACUACAGGAAUGUAAACCAUCGAACGUCGUCCGGGAUUGAGUUCCACUUAUAUACCACUUGGUAUCCGCGCGCUUCGCAGUUGUACAGUAGUCUUCAUCUAUCUAAUGCUAUAUCCUAUAUUUUCUGGACAUCUGAUUUUUU